AUUCAACAAUAAGUUGAUUUUCAUUUUAUUUUUUUUUAUUUUAUUUUAUUUUCUUUUAAUAUUAUAGUUUUUAUUAUUUUUCACACAAUCAACACUAGUUUAUUGUUUCUUUUUUUUUAUAUUAUAUUUUUUUUUAUUUGGUUUUUAUUUAUUUAUUUAAUUUAAUAGUAAUAACAAUAGGAAAUUAAUUAAUUAUAGCAAUAAUACUAAAAUAAUAUUAUAUAUAUAAAAUUAUAAUCAUUAGUAAUAGUAAUAAUAGUAGUGGCUAAUAGAAUUAAUAUUUAGGAAAAAAAAACAAGCAUAAAAAAAAAUAAUUUUUUUUAUAAAGAGAAAAAUGACAAAAUCAAAAGGAAGAGAAUAUUUUGAAUCUGGUAGUAGUUCAAAAUCCCCCGUUGCAUAUGUUGACAGCUAUGGCAACCCACCAAAAACAUCAAAGAAACAUGGUAAAGAAUCAGUUUAUGAAAGAUCACCAAAGCUUGGAUCAAGUACAACUGAGGCUACAGUUCACACAAAAUCAAAACCAAAGAUUAGUGGUUUAGAAUACAGAAAAGAUUAUAUUAGAAAUAUGGACCCAAAUAUUGUUGCACCAGAGCUCGAUGCAAAUGGUAUCCCAGUUAAUGCAACUUCAACAAAUGUUUCAAAUUUGGAUUUAUUGAAACGUCACUACAAUAGUUUAGAAAGACUCAUGGAGACUCGUAUCUUUAGAGAAAAAGCCGAUGAUCCAACAAAAAAAGUAAUUUAUGACAUCAAAAAUAUUCUUGCUGACCUCAUUCUCAUGGUUGAAACUCGUCAAACCGAUCAACAAUUUAUUAAUCUUUUCAAAGAGGCUAGAUUAUUCUCUGGUGAUAUUUCUAACGAUGACGAAUUAAAAGUGCUUUUAGAAGAUUGGAAAACUACAUUCAUCAAAUUGGCUACUGGCUCCGAAAGUAAAGGUAUCCUUCGUUCAACCUCCAAAGUUGUAUCCGAUCUUAAGGGUAGUGAGUCAAUUUUUAGAUUCCUCUCUGAAGGUAGCAAAUUCUUACAAAUGAUUGUCCUCGACAAAAACUCACAAUUCUUGGAUGAGCAAAGAGAAGUCGUUUUCGAUCAAUUCUAUAAAGUCUUUAGAGUACUAUCUGGUAACCCAGCCUGGAGUGAUUUCGUACUCAACUCUAAAACUCUCGGUUCCCAAGUUAGAGAGACCAGUGCCAUUGAAUCAAAGAAUGCCUCAACCAAGAUUGACACUAUUAAAGGCAAUCAACACUUUAACUCAAUGACAGAUAAACUCAAAAUCUUAAUUCAAUCAUUUAUCAAAAACAAAGAUGUUGCUGAUGUUGAUAUGGUAUUCAAAUAUGGUGGUCAAUCAAUCGACGAGCUCCAAAAGAAUAAGGGUUAUAGUGUUUUCAUGGAGGACUUUAGAAAUCUUACAAUUGAAUUAAUGGAAAAUCCAGAUCUUAUCGAAGAUCCAGCCUUUAGAAAAGCCAUGCGUGAUUUAUAUGCUAAGGCUGAACAGUUAAUUACCGAAACUAAACAAUCACCAGCCCUUCAGAAAUUUGCUGCUGAAUCUGGUCGUCUUAAAGAGGGUAUUGCAACUGAUGAACUCAACUCACGUCUUUGGACCCACUUUAGAUCAUUACUUGCUGAUUUAAAUACCCACACUGCAGCUGGUAAUAUGAGAUUGGCUGGUCAACUCAAAAUGCUUUUGGUACCAUUCCUCUUAGAAGAAUUUAGAACUAUUACAAUCCCACCACAAAUGGGUCUUACUCCAGAUAGAAACUUAGGUUACCGUAUUGGUGCCAUCAACCUUUCAUCAAUAGAAUUACUCCCAGAAAAUAUUCAUUUUGAAAUUUCCCACAAGACUAAUGCUGAUCCAUAUACACUUUCAAUUAUCGAUCCAGAUACCAUUGUUUGGGUAGAGCUUACUGCCAUUCGUGCUCGUAUAGAUAGUUUAACUUGGGAAUAUGAAAAAUUCAAUUUCCCAAGACUAAAAGAUAGUGGUUUAGCAGAUAUUUUUUUGGAUGGAAGAGGUGCUCGUGUUGGUGUUGAAAUUAGACUCUUAAAAGAUGGUCUCCAAAGAAAAACACAAGUUUUAGAUUCAUAUUGUAUUUUAGAUUCAUUCAAGGUUAAACUUUAUCACUGCAAACAUAGUUUCAUCUACAAAAUCUUUACUUCACUUUUAAAGAAUAGAAUCAAAUUUGAAAUUGAAAAAGCUGUUGCUCAACAAGUAGCAAAGAUCAUUGCCGAAACCGAUUACAAGAUGGUUGGAAAAUACCAAGUUGCCAAACAAAACCGUCUCCGUUUCCAAUCCAAGAUGAACUCGCGUGUUUCUGAAAUUAAAGGAAAGAUGAAGAAGAACAAGAAGAACAAGGACGCAAAAGAAGAACUUAAAAAGAAAACUAAUCAAUUCUAUAAAGCUGUUGUAGGUGAUAAAAAUUCAAGACCCGCUCAAUCAUCAUCUGAGCAAUAUAUCAGUGGCCAACCAAUCUCAACAACAACUACAACUACCAGAACAGAAUCGAUGGUAAUUCCAGAAAAUACAAACACUCAAUAUGUCUCUGAAACAACCCAAAAGGUAACUGAAAAUAAUAAUGAAAAAGUAAUUCAAACUCAAGAACAAACCACUACAGUUGUUGGUACAUCAACAAAUUAAAAUUUUUAUCAAAUAAUUUUUUAAAAAAAAAUAGUAUUACAUAUUUAUAAAAAAAAAAAAAAAAAAAAAAAAUAAAUACUUAUUAAUUAAUCAUAUUGUUUCUUUUCU